GCCACCGUCGUCAGUGCAGACGACACCACCGGGAUCCGGAGGUUUUUUUUACGAUCUCGUGGAACCGCGACACCAACGAAGACGGAUCGCGCGCGCUGCCAGGACACACGUACCCAUUUGCCCGCCCGCGUUACCGUCGAAUGUUUAAAUACCGUACACGUCAGUAGCUGUUAUCGUGUGGACAUAAUAUAUGUACAUAUACAUGUGUGUGUGGUUGUGUGUAGGUUCACGUGUCAACGACACUCGUACAGCUUCACCGUCGCCGUGGCGAACACCCGCCGUAACGGUAUAAUAUUAUAACACUAUAUACAAUAUUGUAUAUUAUGCUAUAAAAAAAGCGAUAGUGUGCGCGAUAUACAUACGAUAUUGUAUGAAUACUGUACGGGAAAACCGUACAAUUGUAUAGUGUAUUGUUUUGUUUUCCGCCGUAAACUUUCACGCCGCGAGACAAAAACUAACAAGUUUCGCGAGGAUAUAACGCCGCUGUUUCGAGUCUACACGCCCGCGGAGUAUCGUAUACGGUGCAAUAUUACCUAUAUAUUUAUAGCGCAGUCCAUAACUACUUUUGAGGUCUCUUCCUCGUCCGUUGUCGCGCAGAACCGUUUAGAGAUGAGAGAGAGGAGCAGAAAUGCGGCAAGAACACGUAGGGAGAACGAGAAUGCCGAAUUCCUAGAGUUGGCCAAACUCUUGCCAUUACCAGCUGCCAUUACUAGCCAAUUAGAUAAAGCUUCAGUCAUUCGGUUGACCACUAGCUACUUAAAAAUGAGACACGUCUUCCCUAACGGCUUAGGUGACGCUUGGGGUGCAGCGACUCCAGCAAGCCAUGCGAAAGAAGCUUGCAUUAAAGAGCUUGGUUCGUAUCUGCUACAGGUAAAUAUAUUAAAGAGUCUCGAUGGUUUUAUAUUCGUCGUAGGCGGCGAUGGUAAGAUCAUGUAUAUAUCUGAAACAGCAUCCGUUCAUUUGGGGUUGUCACAGGUGGAAUUGACUGGAAAUAGUAUAUUUGAAUAUAUCCAUCAAGCUGAUCACGAUGAAAUGAUAUCAGUGCUUAGUCCACCUCUUCCUCAAAAUCUUCCAGCAGAGAACAUGAUGAUGAAUUCGACCGUGUUUGAACUUCAGCGUGUAUUUUUUUUACGAAUGAAAUGUGUAUUGGCAAAACGGAACGCAGGGCUUACAACAGGAGGAUACAAGGUAAUACACUGUUCUGGUUACUUGAAAGUGAGACAAUAUCCAGCCGGAAUGCCCGGGGUAGAAACCGUUGGCCUAGUAGCAGUUGGUCAUUCGUUACCUCCACAUGCCAUCACAGAGAUUAAAUUGCACUCAAAUAUGUUUAUGUUUCGUGCGAGUUUGGACUUGAAGCUCAUAUUUCUAGAUGCCAGAGUGUCUCAGCUGACAGGAUACGAACCUCAAGAUUUAAUCGAAAAGACACUCUAUCAUUAUAUUCACGGCAACGAUAUUCAUAACAUGAAACUCUCGCAUCACACACUGUUAUUGAAAGGCCAAGUCACCACGAAAUACUACAGGCUGUUGGCCAAAGACGGUGGUUGGGUGUGGGUUCAAAGUUACGCCACUAUAGUUCAUAAUAGUAGAUCUUCAAGGCCCCAUUGUAUAGUUAGCGUAAAUUACGUACUGAGCGAGUCCGAAAUGAAAGACGUCUGCUUGUCCGUGCGCAACAGCGGUUGCGCGACGUCACAGAACGGCAAUGAAGACGCUGCAAUUCAAAACAAACCCAGCAAAGCGCAACAAAGCCAAAGACAAUCGAAUCAAAAUCACAGGUACCACAGGCCACCGGUGGUCACCGACGAAGAGUACAGUGAUUCCAGUGGCGGACUUUACAAUGACUACGUGAGCAGUAACAGCGAACCGCAAUCGCUGGUCAACGGCCCUGUCGGCGGCGGCGGCGGCGGCGGCGGUGACGGCACAGGCCACCACCAACCGCCUCACCUGAACAUGAUGCCGACGACCAACAUGUACACGGUCGAGGAGUACAUCAACUAUCCAGAGUUCUUCUACCCGUUCGAACAGACGUGCGCGCGGCCGUUCAGCUCUGCCUCCAGCUGCUCCAGUUCGAACGAGAGCGACCGGAUGCAGCUUGCACAUCAAGCCGGUGGAGGUGGAUACACGCCGCCCGCGGCCAUGCUCAUGAGCGCCAGUGGCCACCACGACGACCAUCACGCCGCGGCCGCGUACCAGGCGUUGACGCCAAUCGGCGCCUCCGUGCCCGUGACGGUCGUCGGACACCACCACGGUGUCAUCGUCGAUAACCAACACUACCCCGCCGUCAACGAGUACGUCCACUGAUCGCCUGCCGCCGGACGUACCUACGUAAAACGUCAUGACACGGAGUAGCUGAACAUUUUUUCGCGCCAAAAUUCUAACGCUGCACGACCGUGGUUAAAAACAUAGGAUGUACAUAAUAUUUAUGUAUACAUAAAGAUGUAUGAUUACAUAUAUAUAUAUAUAUAUAUAUAAUUUAGCGUAUAGGUAAUUUAAAAUAGUAAUAAUUAUGAUGUAUAAUUGUAUAAAUAUUAUACGAGUAGAGCGAUGACGUAUAAAAUAUCGCUAUCGUACGACCUUGUACCGUAUUCCUAGGAGACUUAGUAAGUCCUAAAUAUGAUGAUAUGUUGUACGCGGGAUUGCUCGAUCGGAAGUCGCGACCAGUUGUCAUUCGUGUGUUGUAGGACUGGCGGCAAUAACGGGUGGAUGGCCUGAAAGUUAGUUGUUCCGAGACCGCGCGUGUUCGCCACACAUAUAAUAUUUUGUGUUCACGGCCGUAUAAUAUAAAGCUCGAGAUGGAUAUAUGGUCAUACCUAUGGGAUACGGCACACGAUAUAAGACGACGGUCGAGCUGCAAGACAUGGGACGCACGGGAUACGUUUAAAUGUACAAACAUAACAAGCCUCCGUGUAGGUACCUUUACAGUUUACAAUCAUAUAUACGGCAUAUAUUUUUGUAUAUAAAUUAUCUUCGUCGGUAUUAUAUUAUAAAAUAUCAUUCCACCACUUAGCCAAAACGCGAUUUCGGGUUGAUGUCGAUUGUAUAAAAUCAUACGUGUAUAAUGUUAACCUACCUGGGGAUCAGGACUAUUUCAAAGUAUAUCUGUGCAUCUGUAAAGAACAUACAUAUAUAAUAUUAUACUGUGUAUCUGAAAAAAAUUUUUU